CAAUCCGCGUACAAAAAUAUAUUAAUACAGAAUGGAACUUUUAUCUUUUAAUUAAUAAUUUGGUUUAUACUUUAGUGAGUGAAAUAUCAAAUUAUUUUUCUUUUUAUUCAUUUUAAUAUUAAGAAUCAAUAUGUAUAAAAGAAAGUUUGAAAACGGGCAUUCCAAAAGAAAAGCGAAGCAGAGGCAGGCAUUAUUAGCAUGUGCUAAUGACAAAAAUCAAAAAAAGUUGUUUUUUCCAACUGCCCCAGCAGUUCAAGAUGGAAUAAGUGUGGUGCAAGAUGACAAUGUUCAUCAGAUUUCUGUCGAAUCAAAUUCAAAAGAAAUUAUUAGUGACCUUAGUUUUAGAAAUAAUGAUAAAGAAUAUGACGACACUGUUCACCAGAUUGAAUUAAAUCCAAAAGAAGAAAAAAUUACUAGUGACCUUAGUUUUGGAAAUAAUGAUAAAUCACAUGACAAUAUUGUUGACCAGAUUUGAAAAUUCCAAUGCUCAUGAAGAAUCUGUAUCUACAGCUAUACGGUUUUCUCUUAAUAAAGAUAUAGAAAAUAUAAUCAACAGGGACGUCAUGGCUAAACGUGCUAUUGAAGUUGAAACCCGUAGAAAAGUUUUAGAGAGGUUGAUUGAUAUUAUUUUAUUCAUAGGCCAGCAAGGUAUUCCCUAUCGAGGGAAGCACGAAGGAGCUUAUUCUUUGAAUAAUGAAAAUCUAAACCAUGGGAACUUUUUAGAGCUUGUUAUUCUAAUUUCAAAAUACGAUGUAAUUCUUCAACAACAUCUGAAUACUUCCAUUAAACUUAGUGACAAAAACAAAUCCAAAAAAGGCCGUGGAUCGUUAGUAACAUUUUUGUCAAAGCAUUUCAUUAACGAUAAAUUAAUAAUACCAAUAGGAAAAGCUAUUCAAAAUGCAAUUAUCAAUGAAAUCAGAGAAUGUCAACAUUUUAGCAUUAUGAUUGAUUCAACGCAAGAUGUCAGUGUUAUGGAUCAACUGGCAAUAUGUGUACGUUACAUUCAUGGAGGAGUGGUCCAAGAACGAUUAUUGAGCUUGGUUAUUUGUCAUGAUUCCAGUGGUAAUGCUCUUUUUGAACUUUUAAAUGAAGAAUUACAAAAUCUACGACUAUCGAUAAAUGACAUUGUUGCUUGUUCAUUUGAUGGUGCUUCAAAUAUGAAAGGCAUUUAUAAUGGACUACAAGCACACUUGAAAACCAACAAUCCUAAAAUUGUGUAUACCCAUUGUAUGGGACACGUCCUAAAUCUUGUGAUGACAGAAAGUACAACCCAAAUCUCACUUGCUGAAAAUCUAUUUGGACUUGUUGAAACAUCAGCAGUUUUUUUAUCAGAUUCUCAUAAAAGGAUGUCUGCUUGGAUGGCCAUAACUAAAGUCAAACAUGUUGCUCAUAACAAGCUUUAUCGUCUUCAAAAAAUUGGAGUUACACGAUGGUGGAGCAAGGACAAAGCUUUGUCAUCUAUAAUAGAUAUAAACUUAGUCGAGAAUAAUCAAAAUGUGGAAAAUAGUAAAUUUGUAACAUUUUUAGAGUUUCUCAUUUCAGUUAAUGAAGGAAAUUUUAAUACCUCAUCAAAAUACAUGGCACGUUCUCUCAUUGUUGAUAUUGAAGAAAAUUUUUCUGAUAAGCGCAUAUCCAAAAAAAAGAAAAUGCCCGGAGAACAUGGCCAAGAUGAAUCUAGAAGUUUAAGUUCAUAUGACAGAUUUAAAUCUGAAGCAUUUACUAUUUUAGAUGUUAUUCUGAAUAGUAUAGAAGCAAGAUUCAUGCCAAAUGAAGGGCUUCUUAAAGAUUGUCACUGGUUGGAUCCUAAAACGUUUUCAUCGAUUAAUUCUAUAAAUGUAUUUCCUAAUAGUGAUUUAGAAACCAUUUGCGAGUUGGCAGGAGUAGAACGUAAAAUAUUUUGUAAUGAAUUGAAGCAGUUUGCUGGUCAGUUUGAAAGUUUUCAACCAAGUAUGGCUUCAGAAAGCAAAUUAACCGAAAAUAGUAUCCAUGAUAGCGAAGAUGAAGACAACACUGAAUUAGUAGACUGUGAUAAAUUUUAUAAAUAUGUACUCUUGUUACCCUCAACUCAAGUGACCUGUGAAAGGGUAUUUUCUAAAUUAAAACUUGUAAAGUCUAAAAUCAGAUCAACAAUAAGUCAACAACAUUUAUCACCUUUAAUGCUUAUGGCGAUUGAAAAAGAUAUACAAAUUCAGAAAACGCAAAUUAUUGAUACUAUAGCUAAGUCAUCAAAAAUGUUACACGAAUUACUUAUUUAG